CAAAUCUAUAUGACCCUUUUGGUCCAUUAGCCCAAGUUUACCUCUCCCUAGGUGGCCUCGUCUUCUUCAUUCAAUCCCAAACUUCGCACAGAAACCCAGUGGAAGUCGAACAAACCAGAAACCGAAAACCCCAAAUCCCAUGCCAUAGGUCUGGACCCUAAAUUCCUCGUCUUUCUCCAUUUCAAUUCCGCGUUUUAAGUUCCCAUUUCCCAAUCUUGAUUCCUCUUCUCGUCCCUGCCAUGCCAAGAAAGCAGUUGUCUUUCACUCUCGGCCGCCCACGGAGCUUAUCAUCUCGUCUGCAAUUCUCGAACUAGUCAUCUUCUCUGUGGCUCCACAAAAAUUGGGGGGGUCGUCACCGUAACUGAUGUUCAGGAACAGCAACAUUACUGCUCGGCUUUUCGACCGCCAAAUCUCAGCUCCUGCUCCUGGAACUAGUGUUAACUGCAAUAGAAGAUUUUAUGAGAAUUUAGUCCCGAGUCAUACCAUCUAUGAUGUUGAGUGCCCGGAUCUUUCAUUCUGUAAAUUUACUCAUGAUGGUCGAUACCUCAUCACCUUUAGUAGGAACCACCAGGAUCUAAUAGUAUACAGGCCGACAUGGUUGUCGUAUUCGUGCGAAGGAGAAGUUUGUGAUCUACCCUCGAAAGCGAGGAGGUUUGAGAGUUUCUUCACCCAACUGUACAGUGUCACGCUUGCUUCGUCGGGCACUGAUGUUAUAUGUAAAGAAUUUUUCCUUUACAUGGAGGGUAACCAGUUUGGCAUCUUUGCUACAUCUACAACACAAAUUCAGGACACUCCAGCUAUUGGAGGUGCUAUUCAGGGAGUCCCUUCUUUUGAGAGGAUUGCAUUUCAUCUCUUGAGAUUGGAAGAUGGAAUAGUACUUGAUGAGAAGGUCUUUCAGAACGAUUAUGUUAAUUUGAACCAUGACAUGGGUGUCUUGUAUGAUGAUCUACUAGCAAUAGUGUCGAUUCGCUAUCAAAGGAUACAGAUUCUCCAGAUCAGGGAAUCUGGCCACCUUGUUGAUGUUCGUGCUUUAGGUGCAUUCUGUUACGAAGAUGAUGAACUUUUCCUCAAUUCUAGCUCUCAGUGCAUGCAUCAACUCUCAGAGAAUCAUGCUGAGAAUGGUUUACAUGCCAAUCAGCCCAAUCCAGAUAGUCUCUUUUUGAGUGGUAUCAAGCAGCGGUUGCUGUCCUUUAUCUUUCGGGGAAUAUGGAAUGAGGAAGUUGACAGAUCACAGACAGUCCAAUCAAUGAAGAAGAAGUUCUAUUUCCACUUUCAAGAUUAUGUGGACCUGAUUAUCUGGAAGGUACAGUUUCUGGAUCGUCAUCACCUGCUUAUCAAGUUUGGUAGUGUAGAAGGAGUGCUUCAAUACUCUCGAAGUGCUGAUCACCAUCCAUCAUUCUUUGCAGUAUAUAACAUGGAGACAACUGAAGUUGUUGCAUUUUACCCGAAUUCAGCCUAUGAACUUUGUGGCUUGUUUGAGCAGUUCGGCGAUCAUUUCUAUUCAGCAUCAAGAAAUUUGUUGCACUUGAAAUUUAUAUCAUCCCACUCCAAUAACAUCCAUGCUUCUGACCAACUCCGGAUCGUGAAGAAUAAAGCUAGUAGCUCUUUGCAGGUUGAAUCUUUGCUGUGCCCACCAUUGUCUGCUAGUGCUGCCAUUCACUUGACUUUUUGUUUGAUCUUUAUGUUGCUUUGGUUCCUAAUUUGUCAGUCACAAAGUCCUUCGCCCUAUUUUGACCAUUCUCUCUUCCGCUAUGACGAAAAGUUGAUCUCUGCAACAGAGAGACAUAGAACAUCUGUGGAUCAUCCCAUUAAGUUCAUUUCCAGAAGGCAGCCGUCCGUGCUCAAGUUCAAGAUUAAGCCAGGUCCAGAAGCUGGUAAUGUGGAUAAUCGAACGAGGAAGGCAUCUUCUUUCCUCUUCCAUCCUUUCCUGCCACUGGCUCUCUCCAUUCAACAAUCUAUGCAUUUCCCGCCGUCGAUGAACAUUCAUUACCGGCAAUGAAGACGAACCGUUCCUAUACUACCUGGGUUUUCAUCAUGAAACUACAUCUCCAAACGAACUGCUGCGGCUUGUUGUGAGGAAGAUGUAUAUCCUCGCUAUGUGCGGUAUUAGACAAUUACCAUCGCGUUUUUCAGAGGAAUCACACGAAUUUUCCAACGGGUUU